UGCCCUCACCACCCACAUCACUGCUGUGAAUGAGGACGAGCCCGUAGAAGCCUGGAGAUCGUCCCGUCCCAGGAUAAACAGUGAACCAGGUGGACGAAAACAUUGCGACACCACCAUUCCGCCUGCCGCUUGACGCUAUUGUAGCCAAUGGCGGGCUUCGGGCACCUGGGCUCCCUGGUGGACGACAUCAACAAGAAAGAUGGCGAACGCCUGAAGCUUGAGUCCCAGCUGCGCCAGCAACGCAUGAGGGCUGAUGCCGAGGAGGCGAAGGCUUCACAACUCAAGGGUGAGCUAGAGGUGGCCUCGGCGGAUCGAGUGUCCUUGCAGCAGGAGAUCGGGCUGCUUUCUAGGAGAAACGAGGACCUGAUUGCCGAAAAAGCCAAGCUGAGCGAACAAUCGUCCGACUUUCAGCGGUCGAUGUUCAACAACGAGGCCAAGCUGAAAGAGAACGAGCGAGACCUGAAGAAGGCGCAACGUGGUUUCGUCGAAAGCCUGGAGAAAAGCAACGCCUCCUACUCCCGCCACCGAGCUGUGAUGAACACUCUCGUCGGCCGCAACGGCAUGGGUUGCGCCGAGAUCCCUUCCCCCGAAGAGCUUGAAGCCUUCAGAGGCCUCGCUGCCCGAGCGGCGGAGCUCCAAGCUCGCCUUCACGCUGUGGAGGCCGAGUCCCAGGCCCUGAAGCAAGAAGCCGCCACGAGCUCACGGAAGCAGCAGGUCCUCCGGCGGGAGAUUGAUUCCUUCAAGCGCAACGGCGCAGGUGGCAAGAGCAGCGCGGGAAGCCCUCGGGUAGACAAAGGAAGCGGAAAGAACAAGCAGCAAACCCAUCAGCAGCAGCAGCAGCAGCAGCAACAGCAACGACAACAGCAGCACAUCACCGCGCUUGAGAAUGAGAUUGCUCGCCUGAACGACACCUGCAACAGGCAAAUGGAGUACAUGAGCCAGCUUGAGGAGUAUGCCAACAGCGUGGAGGCCAUCAACGAGGACCUCAGGAAGGAGCAGGAAGCAGGUCCCGAAAACGGUGGAAGAGGAGUUGAAGGAGAAGAACGAGAGGGAGGAGGAGGGCGUGGUGGGAAAGAGGCUGACCAUGAGCUUGGCGGUAUGCGGUUUGUGCAAGGAGGAGAAGCUUCAGACGCGCAAGGGCACGAUGGUCAGAACCCUAUGCCCUCUGCAGAGCAAGGCCACGCCACCGCACCGGCGGCGGGGGCUGCGACUGCGGCUGCGGCUGCGGCAUCCCAAUCAUGCUCUCCGCCGGGCUUUCGAGCUCCGGGAAUGCGUUGACGACUGCUUCGGUGCCGGCAGGAAAACAUGCCAAUUGCCGUCGGGCAUGGCUAGAGCACGGCACAGGGCCCGGGAAACGGCAACAACCUGACCAUGUGGUCGUCAUCCUUGUGCUAGGGAAUGGUGCGCUUAUACUGGUUUUCACUUUCGCUCUUCUUAUCACAGCACGCUUCGUGAAGCCAACGAACGCUUUAGGGGAAGCUUUCCUAGACAAUUCUCUCCGUUUCAGGGUCUAUGAAACAAGUCAUUGCCGGGACCGCGACAAACUACUGUACUUGGAGAACAGCCCCGCAAGAAUGGCAGCAGAGAUCCACAUAUACUAGAAAUCCCGGCUUGAGAUUGAUGCGGGGGUGUCAUGAGGGCUCGGAAGGUUUCCAACGACGUUGUCGGUGUGAGGGGUUGUCGAUGGGCAUGCCGCUUGGAGUUCGCGCCGCUUCGAUUGAGUAUUGCAACAAGCUUGCGAGCUUUUCUUUCGUGAGACAAGUGUGAACUGUACAAAGCUCAAACGUUUUACGUCUAGCGUGGAAUCAUUUUUUCUGGGGCAACGUAGGUCGCUGGUCUGACUUCACAAAUCGAAGGCGUUAGAUUGAGUGAGCUGUGUAAUUACGAGUCGACGGUACCUUGCCCUGCGUCAUGCGUCACGCUCUUUGAUGACAGGGGUAGAGCAGACUGUGGACAGCGUAGUAUGGCAGCAUGUGUAUGAUGGAUUGUUUUUGGGAGCCGGUUUCGCCAA